GAUAGGAGAGGACAGUGGUCCAUGGAAUAAGGGGAAGGACAUGGGGAUUAAUCACCUUAAUUUUGGUGCCAGCUACAGUAUAGAACCUGGAGAGAAAUUCCUCUUUGCCCUGUAUCCUUUCCUUCUAUUUGAGAGAGGAUGGAUCUUUAGCUCUUCACAAGGACAAACGUCUCUGAUAAUGUAACACUCUUCUUGGUUUAGCAUUUAAGAGACUAUGAGGAACAUUUGCUGUUAACCUCUGCAGCUUGAAUUCACGACCUACCCACUCUGGCUGAUAACACAGAAACCUGAGAACCCCAAAUUAGAUAUAAAAAUUGAAAGACGAUUGAUAAAACAAAUUCAUUAACAGUAUAACGCAUUCCACUUUGAUACAAGUAGAACCUUUAACAGCAGAAAUGAAACACACUCAGAAGAAAUGAGCAAGCCCAGUGUAAUUUUGUAACAAGAAACCUUAAUGUAACCAUAACUAAGUCUGACUGCUUUGAAAAUAGGAGCUCAUUUAAAAAAAUAACCAAUCUUUACACACCAGACAGAAAAGUCCGAGUUCCCGCAAGGCGGGAAUGAAUCCGCUGGAUUCCUCUUUCUGCCGGAGGUCUCCGCCCGCUGGCCGCGCCCUCCCCUGCGUUGCGCCAAUUACCUGCCAGACGCUUCCUUGGUGCUGUUGCCCGCUGCGUGCGGCCCGCCUUCCAGGGUUCAGAGAGCAGAAACUUGGGAGUACCUGAUAAUCGGUUUUAUUUCUUCGAGUGUGAGAGUAGGUUUUCAAAGAAAGUUUUCAAAGUUGUUUCUUUUUUUUUGGUUUGACAUAAGUUCAAGGAUUGCGGUGUGGAGUUCUUAAUGUUACAGAAAGUGGCACCUGGGGCGGGAGUGUGACGUGUUGGGAAGCUGCGAGCGAGGGGGAGAGGCUGCCGGCACCGAGUGGAUCCCACAAGGACAGAGAUCCUGGGAGGACAUGCGGCGGUCGGUGUGGUUCCUUCUGCUCCUGCAGGCGCUGAAUUGGGGAUUGACCUUGGGACGCAUUGUAAAAGUCCCAUUUGGUCCUCUGUACCGCGUGGUGAAAACCCCAGUCAGCAUUCCCUGCAAUGUCAGUGAUUAUCAAGGACCACCUGAACAAAAUUUUGAUUGGAUUGUGUUGCGUAACCACCGUCAGUCAAAGAUUAUCAGCACAUUGGAACCUGAAUUUUCUGAUCCUGAAUACAAGGAGAAAGUUCUGAAAAAUGAGAUUUGGGUGGAGAGACUCAGUGACAACUCUGUUGAGCUGCGCUUCAAAAGUGCUCAAUUUGAAGAUGAUGGGGAAUAUCAAUGCCAAACACCCAGUACAGAUGAAAAUAGUAGUGGAAAUUAUGAAGCCAGUGUGACUUUAAAAGUGAUUCCGGAUAAACUCACUGUGUUACCUACAAAGUCCAGAAGUAUGACAAGCACAAACUACACCGAAGGAAGGCCACUGGAGCUUCAGUGUGUUGCAUCCACAUCAUCACCUGUUUCCACCCAUCUUUCUGUCAAGUGGCAGUUGACAAAAAAUGGAGGUGUGACGGAGGAUAUUCUGUCAUUCACUGAAGAUGAUCAGUUUCUGCCUGGUGGUUCAUACGCAAAUCGAUAUCAGCGAGGUGAUAUUAGAAUGGCCCUGGAAAAAAACGGCAUCUUCAAACUUAUCAUUGGUCACUUGCAGCUUGAGGACAGCGGUGUAUACUCUUGUAUGGCGGCAGAGUGGGUCAAAGAAGAUGGCUCCAAAUGGAAAAAAAUCCAAGAAAAAAGUACAAGCAUUGCAACGAUUGAAGUUCAGCCAUUAGCCCAGACUCUAAAGGUCUCUGCAAGUGGAGGGAUCCUCACUUUAAACAAAGGUGAUGAGAUUGAUCUGGUUUGCAGCGUGACAGGUGUUGAAGACUUCAGUGUUGAGAUCAGCUGGUAUUUCAGCACAUCUCCAGCAGUUGAUACUCAAAGCGGGAAACUUCUUGUGCACAUGAAUCUUGCAGCAAUAGUUAACGAUUCAAAUUUUGUCACAUUGAACAAAAUUAGUAGCAGUGACUACAGACUGAGGGUGCAACAAGUUGAUGAAGCAGACAGUGGAUAUUACUACUGUGCAGCCUCUGUUUGGAUACCAUAUUCCAAUGAGUUGAGGCACAAAGCAGCAGAGAAAACCUCUAAUCCUCUCAAUAUCACUGUGGCACUUCUAGAUCCUACAUACACAGUUCAGUUAAGCUCCAUGAGGAUGCCCAGCUCCUCGGGAGAACCGGCAGAGCUUGAAUGCCAGGUAUCAGAUGUACAAAAUGCAGAUGACGCAAGGCUGAACGUGGCCUGGUAUUUCAAGCCAAUUGAGCCGGAUGGAGUUGCCAGAGUGAGUGUCCUAAUAGCAAUGAUGGAUCAAGAUUGGAUACUGAAAGUGAGCGAUCAGUAUAAUGAGCGAGCUAAAAAAGGAGAGGUUACUUUUACAAAGCCCAAGCUGCAUACUUUCAAGUUUCAGAUGCAGCAUGCGUCCGCUUCUGACAGAGGGGAAUACUUUUGCAAUGUUUCCGCCUGGAUGAAGCAACGAGGAGAUACGUGGUUGAAGAAACAGGAAUUAUCUUCCUUUGCUGUUGAUAUGUUCUGGAAAAUUGAAGACCCAAGCCUAAGCAUUACAGCAACAGAGGAGAAACCAGUAGCUACAAGAGGUAACACUUUUGAAAUGGCGUGUAGCAUAUCUGCUGAGCAUGUUGAACUUCCUUAUUAUUCAGUGGUUAUAGCAAUGAAUGAACCAGCCUUUACUGAUGCAAAGGACAGUAAAAAACUUAUCUCAUUGAGUCGGGACUCUGUGGUGAAACUGGAGCAGUGGGACGUUAAGGACCGACCAGAAGAUCUUGUUUUAGAAAAAGUCAGUGACAAGGAAUUCCGUUUCCGGCUGUACAAGACUCAGUUUUCCGAUGAAGGAUCAUAUUACUGCAUGGUCCAGGCAUGGGUUCCAGAUGCAAACGGAGGAUGGUCUGAAGUCAUUUCUAAUUAUUCAAAUGCUGUUGCUGUCGCUUUUAAAACAGCAGCUCCUCGGUUUUAUGUGACAUUGGAAUCGGAGAGACCUCAUGUGUACCAAGGAGAGACUUUGGAAAUGAACUGCACUGUUGACCUGCCGGAGAUACCUAACACCUCAGAUGUUUUAUAUGAGGUGGAAUGGUUCUUCCAACGACUUCCUUUGAAUGCCACCCUGAAUCCUUUGGUGUCGAUGGAUCAGAGAUCAGUGGUCACAUAUUUCAAAGACUUUGAUACAAGCGGCAUCAGCGUUGAAAGAACUGACAUAAAUGAAUUCCGUCUGCGCAUACACUGUUCAGAUAAUAAUUUUUCUGGAGAUUUUUUUUGCAAAGUGGCACCUUGGAUAAAAUCUGAGACUGGAAUAUGGCAGAAAAUAGAACCACAGGAAUCUGGUUUACUUUCAGUACGCGUUGAUAUUUCAGUGCUAGAUUCCUUUAAGAUGCCUUUGUUGUACGGGAUUGGCAGUGCCUUAUUGAUAGGUAUUCUUGCCUGUGCAAUCGGAUAUUGUGCUUUUCCAAGCACGUCUAGAGGGAGAGCUGCACCGACGGAUGAGCGACGUGGGUUACUCCAGAAAUGCCUGAGCUGAGAUCUCUUGCACUGUUCAGGAGCGACCAUUGGAGGAACUACUGAAACUACCUGUUUGCUGACAUUUGGGGAGGACAAAGCAAAUGUCAGAUCUUUUAGAGUUUUGCCACAUACAAUGAUUUGUAAUUUUUAAAAAAGAAUAAGCCAUGUUGAGUCUUGAGUGGAGUAAAAAUAUUUUGGGAAUGUCAGUGUGAUUUUUUGCGGAGUAUUAUUUUUCCACUGCAAUAAGUCAUGCCAUGGAGGUACUGCCACUUUCUUCUCCUUUUGCCAUUUCUGCCCAGAAGAACUGGACCCAGCCACUCUUUCUUGGUGUCUGCUGGUCAGUCACCAUAUUAUUGUGCUAUCACUGGUGGGCUGCACAUUAAAUACCAUUCUCUUGGGUAAUAAUAUGGAUAAGUAUUUGUUCUGCCAAGGUGAGUUCAAAAUCAUUGUGCUAUAUUAUGGAGAUAAUUUUACUCAAAGUGAUAAGUUCCAACUUUAAAAAGGCAGAGGCUAGUGGAAUAAACAAGAUGUUCAGCACUGUUCUUAAACUCCUUUUCUCACUUGGACAAAACCGUGCACCAAAAAAGGGAGAGAUUUCUCGUAAGAGAGGAAUAUAUUAUCAGCUGUUUCGAGGAAGGGCCUGAAGUUCCAUUUUAAAUGAUGAAUUCGAAUAAAUGGGGAAACAUUUUAUUGCCACUUUAGAAUGCGGACAGGUUGAAAUUUAUACUAGAGCACAUUACGCAUGAUGUAACACAUUUCAAUACUGAUCCAGUUAUGAAAGGCCUGGCUUUCUGUCAGUAUAGAUGCAUUUCUAGACAAAACAAGUUGCACAGUAAAUUAUUAGGUGUUUUCUAUUGGGCUUAGAUGAAGGGUCUCAACCCGAAAUGUUGACUCUGCAUUUACCCCUCCAGAUGCUGCCUGAUCUGCUGAGUUCAUCCAGCAGCUCGUCUUUCACAUUGGUACAGAUGUAUUGGCCAAAGGCUUUAAUCUAUUAGCACAAUUUUCUGCAGUUUAACAUACUCUGCCCUUGUACCAUUUAUAAUUUCUGAAUUCUUUAGAAGUUCAGAUGUAAAGACUAGUUCUUGAGCAAUUGGCUAUUAUUUGCCAGAAAGCUAGUGCACCUUCCAGUCCUUGGCCUGUAUCGUAAAUGAAAGACUAUCGUUAUUCCUGGCUGCAUUCUUUUUAAAAUGCGCACUUCUCCACAGAAUGAUAAUGGUUAUACAGGAGAGGUGAAAAGAAUGAGGAGUCUCAUUGACUCACCCUUUUUUCCCCAUUUUGUACACCACGGGAGUGUAUUUGGAGAAUGAGGGCAAUGUCUCUUAUUCACAGCUCCAACCACCCCCCACACCCCCCACCUCAAAUUGACCUAAACUAGUUGGUACAGUAGCUGAAAGAUCAAAUUUGAUGCAAAGGUUUACCAUCAUGUCAGUCUUUACAGCACCACCAUGGAUUUUCAUUGCAUCCUCACCAGGAAGACAGCUGGCUGCCCAUUUCCUGUCUCAUCACAUUAGUGAUAGUGGAAGGAAGUUCACCCAGUGAUGGUGCCUUCUACUACUACAUGUGAUGAUCUAAAGGGCCACUGGGGAAAGGAAUGUAUACAGGUUCUAGGGGGAAGGUGGAUAAAUCGUAGGGUGAAAUUGCUCAAUAGCUAAAACUUCUAUUUCCCAGUGGUGCCAUAUCCUUAUUGACUUCUGCAUUGGUGGGUGGCGGGCAAUGUUUUGCCUCCAGGAAUCUUGCACUAUGUUAUUAAAUGCCUCCAUCCUCUUAAAAUGGAAAUACAAUUCCAGACCCACUCAGGCAGUGAAACCGCUCUGAAGAAGAGCCUAGAUUUGAAUGUUUAUUCACAGAAUAGUACAAUGGCCACAACUGCUGCUAACUUCCCACCUGCAGAAGUAAAACCUGAGGUUUAAUAAUCUCCAGAGAAGCUAAACCAACAGUCCUGUACAACACGUCUGGAAGAGGCUGACCAUUUCUCUGCAAAGUGUGUGUGAGUUAGUUUGUUUUGUACAGGUGAGUGAACAAGACACAUGCCAACAGUGUCUGGUUGGAAUAUUCAUAAAACCACAAUGCUACUAAAUCUGAUACAACGCACUAAUAUUUUAAGAUGUUUUGUUUGGAAUUGUAAUCUCAUGGCAUUUAUACAUUGGCACUUACAAUAUACAAAUUUAAUAGCUCAAAUCAGAACCACUGACACAGUUCCAGUUGUUCACUUAAUAAAUUUCUUUCUUCACUAAGGGAAUUGUAACUCUUUUCCUGCAGACUUGUAGAUGUGUUUGCCAGCCUUACAAUGGUUGACCUUUUUGUAUUUUUAAGUAUUUCCUGUUCAGAUUCACAAAUUGUGCAAUUUUUAAAAUUAAUUAUUUAAAUGAUCAGCAAGCCAUGUUGAUUAUAACACUACCGGGAUUAUGUCCUAAUGAUGUUCCUCUUAGAAUAUCGUAAGUGUUAGUUUGAUUGCAGAACAGAUGUUUAAGUUAUUAAUAUAUGCAUUUCCCCCCACUUCCCCACCAAAUUUGUUUUGUCAGUUAUUAGUGGCUGCCCUGAUGGCUCUUAUAAAAUGUGAUGCAGUGUGAUGUUUUCUGUCUUUCAUGAGUAUUUUAAGUUAUGAUUGAUCUAUGAAACAGCUUGCUUAAGAAAGACCCUAAAGUGAUACAAUUCUAUUGAUGUGCAUGAUGGUAAUUGAUGUUGAGUUAGUAAUGGGAGGAAAUAUUAAUCAAGCUUGAACCAAGUGUAUAUUCUUUUAUUUCAAAUACUGUUUAUAAAAUUUCACCCUGUGGGGGUUUACCUUUGCACUAGUAGUACCUGGGUCGUAAUAUUAAAAAAGAAAAUCAAAAUGGAACAGACAUUUAAAGAAUAUAUCAGUGCCAUGCCCACAAAUACAGAUUCUUCUUGGGAUAAUCAAAUAGCUGUUGGAUUUUGAUUUUUUUUCUCUCUCUAGCCCUUCCUGUUUAUCAAGAGUUUUGCUGUGUGAUUUCAUGAAAGUGCACAGCUUGGCUCAAGUAGAAAACCUACUGAAAUACUGCAUGACACAUUCUCUAUUAUAUCUAAAAAAUAUAUGUUCCUAGUUGUCCAAGGUAUUCCUUUUCAAAGUAUUAAUUUACUGAAAUUUGUUUUGGUCCUUAAAUAGGUUUUAUGUAAUUUGCUAAGUGAGGUUUUACCAGCACACUUGGAUGACACAAAGUAUAAAAUCAAAAUCAGCUUGUUGAUCUAAAAUGCAAACUCAUGAACAAUUCAAUUUUAUUAAAUCUGUUUGAAAUUC